AUGGACCGCAUUAAGCAGCUCUUUGCCGGAAACUCGACCUCCGGCAGCACCAAGAGGAAGAAGAAACUAUUCUGCUUGGCCCUCUUCAGCUUUCUCCUCCUGGCCGCCGCCAUAAUCGGCAUUGCCUCCACCGACCGUAACUCCUCCUCCUCCUCCAGUGAAAACUCCGGCCCUGCCACCCUCAAAACACCUCAGUCCCAUACCAUCAUCCGGAACGCCUGCAGCUCCACCCGUUUCCCCGAGCUCUGCUUCUCGGCAGUGGCCGCGGCCCCCGGGGCAACCAAAAAGAUCACCUCUCAGAAGGAUGUGAUCGAGGCGUCCCUGAACCUGACUACCACGGCGGUGCAACGCAACUUCUUCACGAUAGAGAAACUCAUCGCCUCCCAGGGCCGGUCCCUGACAAAACGGGAGAGAACAGCCCUCCACGACUGCCUCAAGAUGAUCGACGAUACACUGGACGAGCUCCACAAGGCCCUCGAGGACCUCCACCAGUACCCAACCAAGAAAUCACUCCAGCAGCAUGCCGGCGAUCUCAAGACUUUAAUGAGCGCCGCCAUGACCAACCAGGAGACCUGCCUUGACGGGUUCUCGCAUGACAAGGCCGAUAAGCGCGUGCGUGCUGCUGUCGUAGAGGGACAGGUCCACGUGGAGAAGAUGUGUAGUAACGCAUUAGCUAUGAUCAAGAACAUGACAGACACCGACAUGGAGAUCGAGCGGCGAACGAUGAACCGCAAGCUCAGGGAGGAAAGACCAACAGUUGAUGAGGCCGGGUGGCCUGAAUGGCUCUCUGCUGGGGACAGAAGACUGCUGCAGUCGACCACAGUGACGCCCAAUGUGGUGGUGGCGGCUGACGGAAGCGGCGACCACAAGACAGUGGCAGCGGCAGUUGCAGCCGCCCCUGAGAAGAGCACCAAGAGGUACGUGAUUAGGAUAAAGGCCGGGGUGUACCGGGAGAACGUGGAAGUGCCGAAGAAGAAGACGAACAUCAUGUUCAUCGGGGACGGGCAGACAAAGACCAUCAUCACCGGGACCCGGAGCGUCGGUGGCGGCAGCACCACCUUCCACUCCGCGACCGUCGCCGUUGUGGGUGGGCGGUUCUUGGCUAGAAACAUAACGUUCGAGAACACAGCGGGGCCCUCAAUGCACCAGGCUGUGGCCCUCCGAGUCGGGGCUGACCUGGCCGCCUUCUACCAGUGUGACUUCCUCGCAUAUCAGGACACAUUGUACGUCCACUCGAACCGUCAGUUCUUUGUGAAGUGCUUGGUCGCCGGCACGGUGGACUUUAUCUUCGGGAAUGCUGCAGCAGUGUUCCAGGAUUGUGACAUCCAUGCCCGCCGACCGAACUCCGGCCAGAAGAACAUGGUGACAGCACAGGGCCGGACCGACCCAAACCAGGUGACCGGGAUCGUGAUCCAGAAGUGCCGGAUAGGUGCCACCUCUGACCUCCAAGCAGUCAAGGGCAACUUUGCGACCUACCUGGGGCGUCCCUGGAAAGAGUACUCGAGGACUGUGAUCAUGCAGUCAUCGAUCAGCGAUGUGAUCCACCCCGCAGGCUGGCACGAGUGGAAUGGGAACUUUGCCCUGAACACAUUGUACUACGGCGAGUAUCUUAACACUGGGGCAGGUGCCGGGACAGCCAACAGGGUGCGAUGGAAAGGCUUUAAGGUCAUAACUUCCAACACCGAGGCCCAAGGCUUCACCCCUGGGAGAUUCAUUGCCGGAAGCAGUUGGCUCAGUUCGACAGGAUUCCCGUUCGCUCUUGGCCUGUAAUAAGGGCCAUGACAUUAAAUUCAAUUGCUUGAUGAAAUUAAUUAAGUAUUAUAAACGUUCAUCAGUUGAUUUGUAAGGGAAACUUCCUUUAUACAUGUAUUGAGCUUGAUGGUCUAUAUGUAACACUCGUUCUUCAUCUGAGCCCACCUAUCUUGUAAUGGUUAAACUUUUACGCUUGAGAAACUUCACAUCUUACGAUAAGAUGAAUUUCUUUCA